CCAAAUUAGACUUUUGCUUAAUUCAUAACUACUAUAAGCGGCGCAUACUGAAGUCAAAACUGCAGAAAGAAAUCUACUGCAACAAUGGGCGUCAAAGAAGACAUAGAAGAUAAAAUAAAAAGCAAGAAGGUGAUGGUAAUAGCAAAGAGUACGUGUGGCUAUAGCAUAAUGGCCAAAAAUGUGUUUGCGGACUAUAUAAAAUCCGGAGGUCUGGAUAAAAAGGAUUACGGUUUCUGGGAUAUAGAUGGCGAGAAAAACUGUCAGGCAAUUCAGGAUGAACUUGAAAACAUGACUGGAGCUAGAUCAGUACCACGUGUGUUUAUAAACGGAAAGUUUUUCGGCGGCGGAGACGACGUGAAAGCCGCGGCAUCCAAGGGAAAGCUGAAGGAGUAUCUCUGAAUUUUAACUGUGUAUAUAUUGUGUGUGCCUACAAAUUCAAAGUUAUUUCGUUCAGUAAGUUGUAAGAGUGUAAUCCUGGCGAAUCCUUGCAACUUACAUGACUUAGAAUCGAAUAUUCUGUGCCGCAAACCGUUAGAUGUGAACGCCUUCUAUUGAAUCGAGUCUUAAUGGUAAAAAAAUGUUGUAUAAGGAAUUAAUAUUUAAAUAAAGUUCUUUUUUAGUCAU